GGUCCCUCCCUUUCACUGGCUGCCACCAGAGCAGGAAGUGAAGUUGUGUGGCAGGUUGAUUCUCUGUCCUAGACACUCUCAUGCGGGUAACAGGAAACUUUGAACCCUCUUCAACAAUAUUUGAACCACUGAGGAAAACUUUUAGAAGCUGGUGAGGUUGAAAGUCUUUUGGAUUAAAGUGUAAAACAGAGACGGGUUUGAGUUUAUAAUUGACACGUCUGCUCUGACUGGUGAAAGUGAAAGUGAAGCUGGUGAACCAGACUGAGGACAACAAACAGGAGAGACUUUACUGCAGAGACAAAAUGGCUUCUAAACUGGAGGAGGAUCUCACCUGUCCUGUGUGCUGUGACAUCUACAAGGAUCCUGUCUUGGUGACCUGUUCUCACAGUGUGUGUAAAGCCUGUCUGCAGCAGUUCUGGGAGAGCAAAGGAUCCAGAGAAUGUCCCUACUGCAGGAGAAAGUGCUCAAAGGAUUUAUAUCCUUCUAACAUGGCGUUAAGGAACCUGUGUGAGACCUUCUUACAGGAGAGAAGUCAGAGAGCUUCUGUGGUGCACUGCAGUCUGCACAGUGAGAAACUCAAGCUCUUCUGUCUGGAGGAUAAACAGCCUGUGUGUGUGGUGUGUCAGACGUCUAAGAAACAUAAGAAUCACACAUUUAGUCCCAUAGAUGAAGCAGCACAGGACCGUAAGGAGGAGCUCAAGAUUCAACUGCAGCCCUUAAUGAAGAAACUAAAGAACUUUGAAAAAGUUAAACUCAUCUGUGACCAAACAGCAGCACAUAUUAAGACUCAGGCUCAACACACAGAGCGGCAGAUCAAGGAGGACUUUGAGAAGCUUCACCAGUUUCUACGAGAUGAAGAGGCAGUCAGGAUAGCUGCACUGAGGGAGGAAGAGGAGCAGAAGAGUCAAAUGAUGAAGGAGAAGAUUGAGAAGAUGAGCAGAGAGAUCUCAUCUCUUUCAGACACAAUCAGAGCCAUAGAGGAGAUGAUGGGGUCUGAUGACAUCACAUUCCUGCAGAGCUACAAGAGCACAGUGGAAAGAGCCCAGUGCACACUGCAGGAUCCAGAGAGGGUUUCAGGAGCUCUGAUCAAUGUGGCAAAGCACCUGGGCAACCUGAAGUUCAGAGUCUGGGAGAAGAUGCAGGAGAUUGUUCAGUACACUCCUGUGACUCUGGAUCCCAACACUGCACACCCACGACUCAUCCUGUCUGAGGAUCUGACCAGUGUGAGAUGGGGUGAUGAGUGGCAGCAGCUUCCUGAUAACCCAGAGAGAUUUGAUAAGUAUGGCAAUGUUCUGGGCUCUGAGGGCUUUAACUCAGGGACUCACUGCUGGGAUGUGGAGGUUGGAGAGAACACAUGGUGGAAUGUGGGUGUGAAGGCAGAGUCGACCCAGAGGAAGGGAGAGUAUGGUGAUGAUGUGAGUGGAGAGUGGUGUGUGGGGUAUUAUGAUGGUAAAUAUGGAGCAUGGGCUCCCCCACAGCCCUCCACUCUCCUCACAGUGCAGCAGAAACUCCAGAGGAUCAGAGUGCAGCUGGACUGGGACAGAGGAAAGGUCUCAUUCUCUGACCCUGAUAACAACACACACCUACACACUAUCACACACACUUUCACUGAGAGAGUGUUUCCAUACUUUAAUGGUGGUAGGGUGUCUCCUCUGAGUAUUGUAGCAGUGAAGGCCUCUGUGUCAGUAGAGCAGCCCAGUUAGAGCAGAAACGGUCUCUGUCUGAACAAGAGCCCACAUGCAGAGAUGGAUGGAGACAUGUGGGGUUCAGUCAUGAGUCACUCACACAGUAACUGCAGUCAAUCUGAUAUCUGACCUGUGAGGCAUCGUCUUCUGGCUACUUUAAUUUUGUUCAGAAUUGUCUGAUAUGUUGAAUAUCCUCUAAAAUAAUUGCUGGUGUUUUGCCAUUUAUUACUCUAUGACAGUGUUUCUAUGUUUUCUAGUCGGCUCAGAGGAAGGGAGAGUAUGGUGAUGUGAGUGGAGAGUUGUAUGUGUGGUAUAAAGAUGGUGCAUAUAGUGCAGGUGCUGCACCACAGCCCCCCACUCUCCUCACAGUGCAGCAGAAACUCCAGAGGAUCAGAGUGCAGCUGGACUGGGACAGAGGAGAGCUGUCAUUCUCUGACCCUGAUAAUAACACACACCUACACACUCUCACACACACGUUCACUGAGAGAGUGUUUCCAUACUUUUGGACCAUCAGAGAUGUUCCUCUGGUUAUCUUACCAGUGAAGGCCUCAGUAAGACUAGAGCAGCACAGUUUAUAGAAAGCAAAAAAGAAAGUAUGUAAACGAAACAAUACUGAUGUGAACAUCAAAAUGUAACGUUGUGCUAAUGCUCACCUCCAACCUCACCUCAUGUAACCUGUCUGCUUCAUCAUAGUACAAUUUGGUAGUGUGUGGUAGUGCAUGUGGUUGGAGAGUUGUGUUGUGUGGUAAUAUGUGUGAUCAGAGAGUGGUUGUGUGUGCACCUGUGUGUGUGUGUGCGUGCGCGUGCGCGUGCGCGUGCGCGUGUGUGUGUGCAUGUGUGGUGUGCAAUCCGAUAAUUGUGGUAUUGGACCAAAGUUAGUUUUAAAUGUGUGACAACCUAAUAAAUCAUUAACCAUCCCAA